CUCUGCUUUUAUUUUUCUUUCCAGACGGCCACAGUUGAGCACAAAAACAAACUUGAACCAGAUGGGCUGUGGGUCAAUGUUCACGCCGUUGUUUUCGUCUGAAGAUGUUGAACUGAAGACUCAUAGCUGAAGAGAUUUUAUCUUCUUUAUUUUAACCAUUGUUAUCAUUUUUUUUUUAAAGGGGAAGGGUUCUGCAAAGAAAAAAACACCACUUGGAAAUUUGUGUAAUCAAGUUAUGCGUCAGUGAGUGCGCACUUUACGCACAGAGCGCUCCAUGAAACUUUGAAUUGUUGGAUCACGGUCACUUUAUGAUUGUUCGCGUGUAACGCUGCAUUUCCUUUGUUGCUGGCACUUCCUAAAAACUCGUUGUAACCAUGUGUCUUGGCUAAGAACUUUAAAGUGCACGAAAAAACCCAAGGCUGUACGCCUGAUACAGCAUGGGGGCCAAACAGAGCAGCACAGGAUUUGAUGGAAGAACUCGGGCUUAUUCCAGCUCCGAUCUCCCAUCUGGGAACUCCAGCGGAGGGGAAAGGAUUGCGGGUUUUAGGUACACCAAUGGACCAGAUGGCCCGCGGAUCCGGUAUACAGGAGGUGGGCCGACCAGCUCCGGGCUCAGUAUACCGGCUGGCGGCAGGUCAGGAUCACACGUACUCAAUCAGAGCCUCGAUGGCACGGAUGGUGACGACGAGGGCCAGCUGCCUCCUGAAGGCCACAGGUUGCUUAUAGGCUCCCUGCCUGCUCACCUGUCCCCUCACCUGCUCGGAGGUUUCCACUGUCCUCUUUGCUCCAAGUUUAUGGCAGCAGAUGAAAUCGAGAAGCACCUGCUCAUGUGUUUCAGCAAAACGCACCUCACCUACAACAAGGACAUCUUGUCCAGAGACUCUGGGGAAUGUGCCAUCUGCCUGGACGAGUUGGAGCAGGGGGACACCAUUGCCAGGCUGCCCUGCCUCUGUAUCUACCAUAAAGGGUGUAUAGACGAGUGGUUUGAGGUGAAUCGCUCAUGUCCAGAGCAUCCUGCUGACUAAGAGCUGCAAGAGUACACUAUCAGUCAAAUGUUCAUCACUGUGGUAGACUGUGUGCCUGACCUCAUCCCAAAACUGUGUGUUCCCGCCAAGCAUCAGUGCUCCUCAGGGAAUUCAAGACAUUAUAGCGUACAGGAUUUAUCAUGAUGCCUGAUGGGAAACCAAUGGACAGUGGAUGUGCUUCUCCCGACAUCGUGGGAUGUUCAAAGAACCACUGAUGGACUUAUUUGUCUCUAGAAAAUAUGUGAAUUUUUUUUUUUUGUUUGUUUUUUUCAACGCCACCUACUGGCCUUAAGUAGCUUCAUACAACCCGGAAUCUGAACUGUUCUGUUGAACAGGGCGGUGUUUUAAAACAGAGGACUAUCACAAACAUGGGAGGGAGUCACCUCUCUUUUGUUAGCAGUGAUCAAGGUGGAGAGACUGUCCGAGAGUUGAUCAGGAGAGAGAGCGAAGGAGGGUGUUGUGCAAUGUUAAAAACAGCCAUACAGAAUUCAAAUGUCAAUAUCAGCUUUAAGGGAGGAUUAGCGUUGAUGGUUGUUAGGAAAUAGAACUUAAUUUCACUGUGGCUAUCAUUGUUAAACAAUCACCAAAUAGUAUGAUGUGAAAUAGUCUCUGUUAAUCAGCUGGCCAUUCAGAACCACAGUAAUGUGAUUGUGUCGUUUUGCGGUGGAAUUUAAAAAAAUAUAUAAGUCAGAUCUAAUGAUGAUUCAUGCUCUUAUGAGGAGUGCCAUAAUAUGCUGCUAUGUCGUAGACUGGAGAAGACAAAAAAAAAAGAGUAUAACCUUUGUUUAUUGUUCUUUCUACUUGUACUGUAAAAAUUGCACAUCAAUAAAUGUUUGUAUUUGUGAAACAUUCGGAGGAGAGAGUGGGGGAUGAAAUGCAGCAAAUGGCCGAGUUUGGACUCGAACCCACAGCCGCUGCGACGAGGACUAUAGCCUCUGCACAUGGGGCAGACGACAUAACCGCUAAGCUAUUGGUGCUCCAAGAUUUAGACAUUUCAAGGUAUUUGUGUUGUGCAAUUCAAAAACAGAUGAUGAUGAUGAUGAAGUUUUGUCAGCUGAGAGAAGGCAGAGAAGAAAAGUUAUGACUCCCUGGGGGUGGGCAUGCUGGGACAAGGUUCAAAUGUUCUUUCUUGUGUUUGCAGAAUGAGUAGUCUUGGGUAAUGUCAGCUUUCAAUUUACCUAAGGUGGUACACACUAAUACAUCUGUAUUACUUUGACUA